AUGAGGGCAUUCAGUGCUAAGUUAGUCCCAGUACUCGGGGUUUCCCGCGUUAUUGGUGGAAGUUCUAAUGGUAUCAACACUGUUAGAGUGUUUAUUCAAAGUGUGCGUUACUACAAUGACCGUAGAUCUGACAACCGCUACAAUGACCGUAAUGUAGACAAUUACAAUGACCGUAAACCAGAUAAUUACACUAAUCGUCACUACACUAUGAGAAACAGCAGGAGCAGAUCCCGUGAUAAUGUGUACCUGAGGGAUGCUGAUUACAAGCGUCCGGAACGUCAUAUUGAUUUAAAGACAUUUGAUGAAGAAGAGAACUACCAGAAUGUGAGCAUUAAAUCUAUGGUUGAUGAAGGUUUGCUUGACAAGCCUAUCCUGCGCGCUUUUGAGGGUUUAGGCUAUAAGCAGCUUUCGCCUGUCCAGCAGCGCGCUAUUAAGCCUUCUUUGAAGUCUUCAGAAGACCUGGUUGUGCGUGCCAAGACCGGUACCGGUAAGACAAUGGCUUUUUUGAUUCCUAUUAUGCAGAAGCUUCUCAAUGCAGGAAGAGGUCCCAGGAAGACCCAUGGUAGCGUUAAAGCUGUGAUUAUUGCUCCAACAAGAGAUUUGGCCUUACAAAUAGAGUCUGAAAUACAUAAGUUGCAGGAUCAGAGCCGUGAGCUUUCCUACCUCUCCACCGUUUCUUGUGUCGGUGGAACCAGUAUGAGAAUGAAUGUGACUAGAUUGCAAUCGAUGAGGCCGGAUAUUGUGGUUGGAACUCCAGGUAGAUUGUUAGAUUUAUUGCAAAACUAUGAAAAGUUCUUCACAAACGUUGACAUAAAGGUGUUGGAUGAGGCCGACACUUUGUUAGAAAUUGGGUUCAAGUCUGAGCUUGAGACGAUAUCAGAGAGGCUAAAUGAACUGAAUCAGGAGGGAAAGAAACACAUAAGAACUAUGCUGUACUCUGCUACUUUGUCAGAAAAAGUUGAGUCAUUGGCCGGAAAUAUUAUUAACAAGGACACAUGUUAUUACAUUAAUACUGUCAGUAAGGAAGACUCUCAAUCACAUGAAAAAAUUAAUCAGAGCUUAGUUCUUUCUGAAGACUUUGCUUCGAGUUUAGUUGCAGUAGUAAAGGAGCUCAACGACUUGGUUGCUACUGGUAAGCAAGUAAAGGCAAUGUUGUUUUUGCCAACAGUUAAAAUGGUCUCCCUAUACAGUUCCAUGCUUGAGCGUGUGCUCCCAAAUUUAAGAGUUUUGGAAAUGCACGGCAAGUUGUCUAUGAAUCGUAGAGAGAGAAUUGUAAGGGACUUUAAGAGGUUAUCCAACGGUGUUUUUGUUACUACUGAUGUUGGAGCAAGAGGAAUGGAUUUCCCAAACGUUACUCAUGUUUUACAACUCGGUGUUCCAACGCAAGUCGAAAACUACGUGCAUAGAAUUGGUAGAACUGCUAGAGCAGGUAAGGAUGGUGAGGCUAUUAUGUUCUUGAUGGAGGAUGAAUUGCAUUUCUUGGACAUUUUGAAAAGGGAAUCUAAAACCGUUAUUAAAAAUCAGAGGAAGUUUGUGCUUGAGAAUGAAAUAGCUGCUAGUACUUUUGACAACCUAAAGGAAAUCCGUAAUGAUCUGGAAGCCAGUAUUUUGAGUGUCUUAUCUCACUAUAGAAGUCGUGCAAGCAUUUAUAAUUUCCCUUUCGAUGUUUACAAAAACAUUGCAUCCUCAUACGGUAAGAUUCUAGGUGAUGAAUCCAAAAAAAUCAUAGUUAAAGGAAGAGAUAUCAGUAAUUUCAUUUCUUCGAAUGAUAUGAGAUAUGCCCAUGACAUAUUUGAAAUUGUUGGUAGUCUCAAUGGUGGUUCUUACAAAAACAAAAGCAAUUCAAAUAGAAGACGUUCAGGUGGAAAUGUUCGCCGUUGGUGA